GGAAUCAUUCUGGAUUCGGCUAUAUAUUCGCUUGUGUCAAGAAUCAUAGCGAAUAUCGCCAAACAAGUAUUUGUAGGUAACGGAACUGUCGUUAUAAAAAACAUUAUUGGCAAGACGAACAAAAUUUUGCUUCUGUGAUUUCAGAAUGGCGGAACGUGGUGGUUUUGGGUCAGGUUUUGGCCGUGGUAGGGGUGGUAGACGCGCAUCCUCCAGAGGUCGUGGUGGAAGUGAAGAUGACCUGAAGAGCUGGGUCCCUGUCACUAAACUUGGUAGAUUGGUCGCCGCCGGUCUUAUCCAAUCUAUUGAACAAAUAUAUCUUCACUCCAUCCCAAUUAAGGAAUACCAGAUUGUGGAUUACUUCUUCCAGCCCACCCUCACUGACAAGAAGCUAGCGGAUGAUGUCGUUAAGAUAGUACCCGUUCAGAAGCAGACUAACGCUGGUCAACGCACGAGGUUUAAAGUGUUUGUAGCUAUCGGAGACUUCGACGGUCAUUGUGGUUUGGGCACAAAGUGUGCUAAGGAAGUGGCUACGGCUAUUCGUGGUGCUAUCAUCUCUGCCAAGCUCUCUUUAAUCCCUGUUAGACGUGGAUAUUGGGGAAAUAUGAUUGGUGACCCACACACCGUGCCCAUGAAGGUACACGGAAAGUCUGGUAGUGUAAGAUGUAGGCUUGUUCCUGCCCCAAGAGGUACACAAAUCGUCGGUGCUCCCACCACAAAGAAGCUUCUUUCUUUCGCCGGUAUUAAGGACUGUUUUUCUUGUUCUUCUGGAUCCACCAAGACCAGGGGUAACUUCCUUAAGGCUGUAUUUGCAGCUCUCUCUGCCACAUAUGGCUACCUAACUCCAGAUCUUUGGAGACAGGUUAAGCUCCAGCCUUCGAUUUACGAGGAGUUUUCCAGUUUCCUCACAUCCGGUAAGACUCACGUAGCUCCGGAGGCUUCAUCCUAUUACGCUUGAACAUGUUGUAAUCUUCUGAUCAUAUUU